GUCAAUUCCGUCCGCCCCCUUCGUCACAGUCACUCCCUUGCAGACUCUCAUUACUUAUCUACCAUGGCGUCCAGCCAGCCGCCAACUUUCGUUCAAGGAUCAAGUCGAGAUGCAGCGACAAUGUCGCAUCCAAACGACCCUCCCACCCCACAGCUCCAGGAUUCACAAAACGCGCCUUCUUUACAGCCUCUCCCUGCCUCGAUCUCACAGGACCACGUACAGAGGGAUAGCUUAGGCGGUCACACCAAUCAAGCGCCCGCGGCGACACCCCUCCACACGCCGGUUCUGCCCAAUGUGCAGCAACAUGACUCAACCCCUGGCGGGAUGCCUCAGGGCUCGGUUCUCCUUCAGAAUUGGCACCCUAAUCAAGCUUUCGGCCCAGCCCCAAUCCAGCAUCCUCCUAAUUGGCAAUGGCAAGUUGUGCCCAUCAGAGUCAUCCCUCCCCGGGUCUCGUCCAUCAACAAGUGCCUCAUUGGAGCCCUCAUCGUCUCCCUGGUCGAAAUCCCCUACCUGGCCGUGUACCGAGGAUACACCACCUACUACGUAGGACCUAUCGCCAUCUGUCUCAGCGCCAUCGGCAGCACCAUUCUGCUGAUCAGAGAGAGACUCGAACGGAAACGCGAGACCAAGGCGCUAUAUAACCCUCCCCCGACCCCACAACUCAACCAUGUUCACCCCUACUUCGGACUCUUCACCAUCAUAUUAUGCUUUACCAUCGCCGCGGCCUGGCUUGCUUCAGGUGGCGUGGUUAUCUACGCCCUUGCGAGCGGCAAGUCGAUGAUCAAGUCUGAUACCAGGUACCGGAACCUACCUGGACUUACACCCGGUGACUUGGAAUACCUGGAACAUCGGAAGGGCAGGAACGAGACCAUAUAUACGAUCAUUCACUUAAUCGUCAUUUUCGUCCUCGGUUUACUGUGGAUUUCGAUUGGGGUUAUGGCCGUUAAGGGUAGGAAGGAGACGCUUCAGCGUAACAGGAUGCUGGAAGAAGCCCAGUCUAGCCCAACGAAUCAGGCAACUGUUCCGAUGGGGCAAGUCGAAAACAUGGUUGAACAGUCUCGUACCAACGUAGCUAUGACGGCGUAG